ACACUUUCGGAUACUAUCUAUUUUCCAGCCCCGAUACGUUUAAUUUACCGCCUUAAAAUCAGUACAGCAAUAUCACAGAGAUUGACCGGACUACCUCGACUACGAAUGGCCUCUUUACCGGCCCGGGAAUAAACACGCAAUAAUGGGUACUGCGCCGCCGAGACCAUCGCAUGACUCGCUAUCCUCCGUCUCCACCACGAGUCUGGUAUUCGAACGGCUGGGCGAACGAGAGAAGCUCGACGGCGGACUUGCCGACUUAGAAGAUGACGACCCGCUGCAUCAUGACUCCGAAAACGAAGAUGAAUCUUUCUUGCCGCUGCCCCCGAAGAGGGCCGUUGGUGUCGAUAAGGGUUUCAAGAGGUUCAUGCUGGUCCUAGUUGGCAUAUUUCUAUCCGCUUGGGUAGUUGGACUAUUUACAUACUUGUCUACGAAAUCAUACCAGCAUUCAUCGCAGAAGGACCAUGAUCCGGCGGCCACGGCAUCCCGCGGAUCCGGGAAGAAGGUCACAUUGGAUCAAGUGAUGGAGGGGUACUGGCGACCCCAGAGCCAUAGUAUAAGUUGGAUCGCAGGUGCAAACGGAGAAGAUGGCCUGCUUUUAGAGAAGGGUGCCGCUGGCAAGGACUAUCUGGUGGUUGAAGACGUGCGGAGUCAGAAUGAAGAACAUACAGCCAACGGCGGAAAGAUCGCAUCCGCCCAGACUCUUAUGAAAGACCGAAUUUUCGAUGCUAGCGGCCGCAAAUUGUACCCGGAUCGAGUCUGGCCUAGUCCUGACCUGAAGAAGGUGCUUAUUGCUACCGAGACUAGAGACGUUUGGAGAUAUUCGUUUACUGGAGUAUACUGGAUCUUCGACGUGGAUACCCAAAAGGCCGAGCCGUUGAACCCUAAAGAUCCCGGAUUGCGGGUACAACUUGCGCAGUGGAGUCCGAAAAGCGAUGCUGUCACAUUUACGAGCGCUAAUAACUUGUACGUACGAAAGCUGGGAGGCGAUAAUGUCGUGCAAAUCACCAAAGAUGGUGGACCGGAGUAUUUCUAUGGUAUUCCGGAUUGGGUGUAUGAAGAGGAGGUUUUCGGUGAUAAUAGCGCAACCUGGUGGUCUGAGAAUGGAGACUUUGUGGCUUUCCUAAGGACGAACGAGACCUUGGUACCCGAGUACCCGGUUCAAUUCUUCAUCGAUAGGCCGAGCGGCAAGACACCUCCCGCCGGAAAGGAGAGCUACCCAGAAGUUCAACAGCUUAAAUAUCCUAAGGCAGGCGCGCCGAACCCCUUCGUGGACCUUCUGUUCUACGACAUGGCUCGGGGGGAUGUAUUCUCCGUUGAGAUCGAGGGAGGCUUUGCGGCUGAUGAUCUUUUGAUCACUGAUAUCACUUGGGCUGGUAGCAAGGUCCUUGUCAAGGAGACGAACCGCGUCAGCGAUAUCAUGCGCGUUAUCUUGGUGGAUGUUACUGCUCGGACAGGCAAGACGGUUAGAACGGUCGAUGUGGGGAAAAUCGACGGCGGCUGGUUCGAAAUCUCGCAUGAUACCACUUACAUCCCUGCCGACCCUGCCAACGGCCGACCCGAGGACGGUUAUAUCGAUACCGUUAUUCACGACAACGGGGAUCACAUGGCCUACUUCAGUCCUCUGGACACCGACAACCCCGUUAUGCUGACCUCUGGGAAAUGGGAGGUUGUUGCAGCUCCUUCUGCUGUUGAUCUGAAGAACAACGUCGCAUAUUUUGUUGCCACGAAGGAAUCUUCCAUCCAACGACAUGUUUACAGUGUCAAGUUCGACGGAUCACAUCUGAAAGAAUUAACCGAUAUUAGCAAAGAGGCCUACUACGACGUUUCGUUUUCUACUAAAGCCGGAUACGCCCUACUAACCAAUAAGGGACCGAACGUACCGACGCAAAAGGUCAUUAGCACGCCUAGCAACCCGGAGGUGUACGAACAUGUCAUCGAAGAGAAUAAGGAUCUAGCGGAUAAGGCGAAGAAACAUGAACUGCCCCUUUUAGACUACGGCACGAUCACCGUGGACGACGUCGAGCUCAACUACAUCGAGCGCCGGCCGCCGCACUUCGACCCGAAGAAGAGAUAUCCCGUGCUCUUCCACCAGUACUCCGGACCAGGCUCACAGUCGGUGGACAAGCAGUUCAGCGUCAACUUCCAGACGUACGUAGCCUCCAACCUAGGGUACAUCGUGGUCACGGUCGACGGGCGCGGGACCGGAUUCAUCGGACGCAAGGCGCGCGUCGUCGUGCGCAAGAACCUCGGACAGUACGAAGCGCACGACCAAAUCGCCGCAGCCAAGAUCUGGGCCGCGAAGCCGUACGUCGACGACGCAAAGAUAGCUAUCUGGGGCUGGUCGUACGGCGGGUUCCAGACGCUGAAGACGCUGGAGCAGGACGCGGGCCAGACUUUCAAGUACGGGAUGGCGGUCGCGCCCGUCACGGACUGGCGCUUCUACGAUAGCAUCUACACAGAGCGGUACAUGCUCACGCCGCAGCUUAACGCCAACGGGUACGAUCGCACGGCUGUCAGUAAUGCGAGCGCGCUGAGCCAGAACGUGCGGUUCUUGAUCAUGCACGGCGUGGCGGAUGAUAAUGUGCAUAUGCAGAAUACGCUCACGCUGCUGGAUAAGCUGGACGUGGCGGGCGUGGAGAAUUACGAUUUGCAUAUGUUCCCGGAUUCGAAUCAUGGGAUUUAUUUUCAUAAUGCGAAUCGUAUUGUUUAUGAUAAAUUGACCAACUGGCUUGUCAACGCUUUCAACGGCGAGUGGCUGAAGGUCACGGGCGCGAAGCCCAUAGCGAACAAGGCGAAGAGAGAUAUGGAGAUGGUGCGAAGAGCGGGGGCUGAGGCUGACGACUUCGCGUUGACGCAUGUGGCCCGGGAUGGUUCAUCAUAGAAUGUAGAAAGACUGCAUGGUACAAGGCGUAUAGGUGUUCGAUCUUUGUAAUUUAUAGCACUAUCUUCGUAUCUUGCUAUUUGGCUUGUUUUAUUUCAGUAUAUAACUAUCUAGAGUCAAUGUAUGAACUUAUCCAGA